GUAUUACACAAUCGUUUUCUUUAUCCCGCUGAUCGUUACUGAAAAAUGACUGGCGCUCGAUGCAUUUUGGCACUUCUUGCAGCUGCUGCGUUAUGGUGUUUCUGUUGCAGCGUCAAGACGGAUAACGUGUACCUCCAACUGGUUAAGUCUAAGUUAUACCUGGAUAAAGACGCAAAUCUAGUGAAGAAUAAAGAUCAAGCCACCACUUUCACUUUCGACCAAUAUGGCCCCCGCAGUGAGAAUAUCGUGAAAAUCGUAAGCAAGGCGGGAAAAUACUUAGAAGUCAAAGGAGGAUGUGGUAACAAAGACAUCGCCCUGGGAGAAGUAAAAAAAGAUGCAGUUGAGCAACUGUUUUUCAUUGACGAUGAGUCUCCUAACGACACGAUGGCUUCUUCGUGUGACAAAAAUUUAGUCGUGGGACCCGACGAAAAUCAUAAGAAACUUAUCCUUAGGGAAGUCGGUUCUGAUUUAGAAGAAGUUAAAUUUAUUACCGACCCGUUGUAUUAAAUGAUAAAUUUAAUAAAAGGCCUAUG